UGUACCGAAAAAACAUUCGUCGGGCAGCGUCAUAAAGGGCUUUCAUUGCAUAAUUUGUUUAUAGUUAAUCAAAAGUGCAGUAAAAUUCAACACCCGAAGUGCUAGUGCUUGUGGCGAAGCCCCGCGAGAUCCCGAAAUUGCCGGAAUCCGAGAUAUUUGGCGUUUAGGCGGUCAAUUCACGAUUCGAAGCUACUGUCAGUGUGAUUCUUGUUUACGGAAAUAUUUGCGCAAUGGAAAUGUGGAAAUUUCUCAGUUUUAUCGAGACGAUGCGAUGAAAAAGUGCUACCGGCGUGCUUAAAUGGUGUUCCCGGAUCAUUCAACACGCAGUGGAAAUAGGAUUGCGGCCGCGGCAUUCCCCAUGGAAAUAAGCGCGAAAUCGAUUUUUAGCAGAAAGUCAGUGUGAGCCAGAGUGUCGGCGGCGACGGCGAAGACUACGAGACGAAGCAACAACGAUAACCCAAACAAAUUGAAGGAGUCGUGCGUGAUUUGAGUACGGCGCCGAGGUUGGAUUCAGACAGACAUUGCAGAAACAUUAAUCUAAGAAAUGUCGGGCUACCGGUGCGUGAACUACUACGACCUGUGUCGCCUGUGCACGAGCAGUACCGGCUCCAAGAUCAACAUAUUCUCCCAGGAGGGACGCAAGAAGAACCUGCACCAGAAGAUCAUCGAGAGUUUGCCAGUUAUGAUUGACGAAAAAGAUAAACUUCCCAAAAACCUAUGUGGAUCAUGUUUGCAACAGGUCGAGGCUAUCAACGAAUUCCGCACAAUUUCGUUAAAUUCCCAAACAAUGCUCGAAGGGUGUUUGAACUCAGCAACACUACAGAAUGGUGGAAAGGUUUAUAUUAAAGACGCCAAUUCAAAGAUAACCCAAGUGACACAUAUUGAUACCAUCAAACAGGAAUCCGUUCAAAAUGUAACACAAGGAAACGAUUUUCUAAGUACAAUAAUUCAAGCGGUUGGAAUACAGAACAGCGAUGAUGUCACAGAAACUAGACAACAAUAUCCACAAUAUACGGUGACAUUGGAUGGAAAGACUUUAAAGGCUGGGCAAAUAAGCUAUAAAGUAGAAGAACCUGUUCAGACAACUACAACUACUUCACAUUCCGAUAAACAGGCUAAACAUAACUCACUAGCUGAAUUCUUGAAGAUGAAACCAAACAUCAAAGUCACGCCUAUCUCCAAGAAAAAAGACCCACCCGCACCGCAACCCGUACAAAUUCAACAACCACAAACUAUCCGGCUUGCAACAACAACGCAGGACACGUCAAAGCAAAUAAAAAAACCGAAAUAUAAUAUCGUGCUUACUUCAUCGCCAGCCCAGCCAAAAACCCAAAUUAUUCCAAUGCAAACAACUAAUCAGCAAAACACGCCGAAAACUGUAUCGAUACAGGAUGUGAAAUUCCUCCCCUCAAAUAAAUGUUACGUACCAAUUACGAUCAAAGAUUGUAAUUCGGAUCAGCAAAUAGUGGCACAAAUUGACACAAAGAACUUGGUCUUGCCAACAACGUAUCAUUUACAAAUGAAGCCACAAAUUACCACCGUUGACGGCCAACAAAUUGUUCAAUUGACUCCAGCCGGCCUACCCGCAUCUAUCUCUCUUGCACCUCAACAGUCUCAACAACAACAUCAGCAGCAGCAUCAAACACAAAACUUCCAGCAACAACAGGACCAAACGAUAACGCAUGUGCUGAAUAGUAUGGACGCUUCAACAUCCACAAACGAAGAAAUUAUCUAUACAACUCUUGCGAAUCACCAGCAACCAGCUAGUAUAACCAUCCAACAAGUCGCGUCACAACCGCAAAACGUUCAGACAAUGCAAACCAUGCCCAAGUUACAAAUUACCACCAUUCCCAACACGGUGACUACUUCGUCACAUGGAACCACCGUCACCCAUAAACCCUUAAGUGCAAUAACGGUUCAUAGAAUCAAUAAUCAAAAUGUGAAAAUCAAAACGGAGCCCGGUGUGCAAGUCCAAACUACGACCCAACAACACCAGCAAGUGCAACUGCAAACGCAACAACACCAACAGAAGACUCAAGCUCAAAAAGUUAAAGUUGUAACUGGAAACGCCACAACUACAAUUAUGAAACAAGAAGACGUUACGAAUGCAAAUCAACAGAAUCCAUCGAAUGAAUGUAGUACUUGCGGCAAAUCCUUCAAGAAGAAAGAACAUUUAGCACAACAUAUGAAACUUCACGCUGGCUUGAGGCCGUUCAAAUGUACGGAAGGAGACUGUAACAAAGCGUUUAGUCGAAAAGAGCAUCUAAUGCGACAUAUUGUUUCGCACACGGGCAAAAAGAUGUUCAGUUGUGAUUUAUGUCAAAAGUUCUUCUCGCGUAAGGAUAAUCUUAAUAAGCAUAAACGGACUCACACUGAGCAAGGAGGCAAUAGUGGGCAGUUUGUAUGCGAAAUUUGUAAUAAAAGUUUCGUCGUGAAAAUGUAUUAUAUUCAACACAAAAUAAUGCACGAGAAAAAUGGACAAACAGCCGCAAAUAGCAAUAAAGUGAAGAAGAUUAACAAUGCGUCACCGCAAAUUAAAAAUGAACCAAUCACGGAAGAAACGAAUAAUCACACACAGAUUAUAACGACGACAAUGCAGCAGCAACCGCAGCAACAAGAGUUACAGCAACAUCAACCGCAACAGCAACAAAUCAUGCAAUUACAAAUUUCGUCGCCCAUGAUUACAGCGGCUGAUUUACAAAAUUCGGUAACAAUCAGUCAAUCGGGUGAUCAACAGACAGCCACAACAACUGUUCUAAAAACGUUGGGAACUCAUGAUGCCACCGUCUUGAAUUUGCCAUCCAAUCUUGCAAACCUUGUUUCAAUUAACCCGCAACAGUUCAUGACAACCGGUGAAAUUAUGGGACAAUUGAAAAUGGAAAAAUGAAAUGAAAUGGCAAGACAAGAUGGAGAAACCGAAUUAGACUCGGAUUCGGGAUCAAAAGUUUAUCGAAUAUUAAGUAUUGACUCAUGGUAAAUAUUGUAUUCAGUAGGUUGUAAUAGUAAAUACCUUCUUUCAUUGCAAUUUGGUAGGAAGAACUUUAUGUCGUUGUUGGCGAUUUACGAAAGAAAAAGCAUUCGAUCACAUGCCCUUCGAUUUACUGGAGUUUAACUAGGUAUUCGGUAUUGGAAAAAGUUGUAUCGUUCACACUGUACUAGUGUGACUAACAAGAAACCACUCUCCUUACCAAAAUUACCUCUACUGACAAGGGAAAAUCGAGGGAAGUACGUGCUCAAAAUUACUUUUUAAGAGACUCGUUGUCGACCAAAUGCAAAGCUCUGUAAUGCACUUACUAAUACUGUUAACAUUUUUCAACAUUGCAAUUGUGAUGCUGCAAUGUUUGGGCGUUAUUAUCAUGAUUGGAUUUUUCAGUUCAUACCAAUGGUUUGGACUUGUGCAAACGAAAUACUAUGAUGCAACGAAGAAAAGCCAGAUUCUGGCUCCAUUUGCAAAGCAAUAUUUACUGCAGGGACAGUUUCGCGUGAUCCAAAAGUUGUAAUAACAAGCGACUUGAAUUUCGUGCCAUAUGCACUGUGUACAAUAUAUCGAACAAACGGGAAAGCAACGUUCAGCAUGACAACGCUAAUGACACCAACGACCCUCUAAAUUCUUCUACCCUGUGACUUUCUGAUGUGGUUUAUUUCGUGGUAUUUAUUAGUUUCUAUUUAUAAAUUUCUUAUUAAGAGAGAAAUAGGUUUUUAUUGAAAACAUAGCAUUCUUACACUAGAUUUAGUAUUUAAAAAUGUGUUUUGUCACAACCUUCUAUCCACUUAAGACUUUGUACAUAAUUUGUAAUAAGUAUUUAAUAUCAUAUUUCCAUGAAAGUGAAUAAAUUGUAAAUAGUCAAUUCCCAGCAGUGCAGAAUUAAUUGAAAUCUCUCAUAUAAUGAAGCAAUCAAAUUGAAAUCUAGCUUAGAAAGUUUAUACCAAAGUAAAUUAAAGAGAGAGAGAAGGAACAGUACGACGUGGAAGUUGAUUUAUUUCUUCUCGUAUUGUCAUAUAUAUAUGAUGAUUUUUAUACUUUUAUACUUUUUAGCUAAUUGGCUAUUCGGUUGCUGCAACUGACCCGCUUGUUAGCAUAGAAUGCACUCAUUUUCGAAAAAUGAGGUAAGUUGAGAUAAUGCAAUCCAAUUCACUACGAUCUCUAAAUACACUUGAACUGAAUGAAUUUUGAAGCUUGUGUCUCUCUAGACUUGUUUUAGUUCAAUUGACAAAUUGUAGUUUUAAGUAAACUAGAAAAUUUUCAAGCGAAGAUUUGUUGCCAAGUGAAGUAAGUUUUUGUAUUUGAAAGGGUGAUUUUGCAAUUAUGUUAGUUUAUUCGAAAAAAAUGUCAAAUCAUGUUUCUCUAAAUUUAUCAAUUCCCAAUUAUGAGGUUUUUGUGUUGAUGAUCAUAGAUCCGAGGUGUACUUAUAUAAAAAAGAGACAAAAAAUAUAAGAGGAAGAGGGUUCCACAGAACGCUACAGAAAUUUCACAAAUUAUAACUCAUUAUUUUGCACGAUGAUACUUUCCUUUUCAGCCCUGUACGAACAUUGACAAAACGUUACUCAAAGCGUAUGAUUCAAUAGCUUUCUUCUUGAAUUUGGUUUCAUUUGGGAAUGAAUCCAUACUUCGACGUGGUUUCGCAAUAUCCGAGUGCAAUUUUUUAAACGAAUAGACAGACGGUCGAGAAAACAGCAAUCUCUUGCUUUACGAAUCUAUUAUUUCUAGCAGUUUGCAGGAACGUAAUAACUAAAUAUUCGUUUUUAAGGUUUUAUAUAAAACAGAACUUUAUUAAUUUUCAUGGAUUUGUAGAAACUAUAAAAUCUGAACAAUCUAAAACUCCAUAGAUUCCGCAUAAAUGCCACCUUCGGCGGUUCCUUCGUCAUUAUGUAAGCCAGCUGGCUUACAAUAGUACACAGGUUCGUUAGCCAAUACUUCGACAGCUGCGUUAUGGCAAUACAAAAAUUAAGAGAUUCUGCAAUUUGCCUGGAUGCGUCAUGUGCGGCCGCAUAUUCGGAUUCAGUUGUAGACAUUACAACCAGGCAAUUAAUCUCCCGUCCAUUCAUCAUCAAAACAAGCCGGUUAAUAAGUAUUCUACAUUAGGUACGAGCCUUACAGAAUUUUCCCGAUAGUGAUUUCCAAUGUUGCUUGGAUGUUGCGCCCGGAUAUGUCAAUCUUGCUAUAAAAGCAAAAUCAGGUCGGGUUCCCACCGACAAAUACAUUGGACCGCCGAUGAGUUGCCAAUUCGGGACGUUUGCCACUUUAUUUCCAUUUGCGGACUACAAUUUUUCAAUGGAGAAUUUCUUACCACGUUAUUUUUGUAUGAUAUUUGACUGUUUCAAUUCCGAGAUGGCAUGAUUCUUCAACGCAAGUGAUUCAAACUCCACUAGCAUAGUCUCCCGACAAUUUCAUGACUCGUUCCUUGGAAAUUUACUAUUACUAGAAGGAUGAAAAGCUAUCAUAUCAUCUUCCAACGAUUCUCUUCCCCAAUGAAACAACCAAUUUUUUAUUGCUGCAUAUUAAGGACAAUCGGCAGGCACCUUUUCUUCUAUUUGCGCUAUGGUAAGACCUUCCUAAGUCAAGAACUGAUGUUGUUGUUAAUCACCUCCAAACACUUUCUUGGAGUAAAAAAGUUGGGCAUUGCUUCAACUACGAGGGAUGUCCCAGAUGUACCCUUCCUAAAUGUAUGUUGUGUAAAACAAACGCUUAUUAAAAUCGGUUUACUGUCUGUCUGUCCAUCACAUGCAUUUUUCUCGAAGAUUGUUGCAGCGAUUGAUACCAAAUUUGGUGGAAAAGUGGAACUGUGAACGCUCGCGAAUACAGUGAGUCACAUCGUUUUACGUCCUCAUACAUGCGAAAGCGGGGUGUACUUUCCAUACCGAUAUCCCUACAAAUAAAGUUAAUAAUAGUAUAUCACUAUCAUUUUUAGUAACUGGCUGCUAAACCCCCCUUAAGUCCAUCUUACCAACACGAAAAUUUUACAGUGAUGUAGACUAUAACAUAGAGCAUGAU